GUAGUUGAUGAGACUUAGUUCCUGGGGUGAUGAAGAGCAGUGGAAGGUGCUAUGAACCUCUAAGAGGUUUGUAGUUUUUCAUAGGAAUUGUAUGAAAAUCUAAAUCUAUUUAGGUUCUGUCCUGGAAUCUGUGCUAUUUUCUAGUUAGAGCAGACCAGGUUUUGGUGGGUGGCUUAAGAGCAGGCAAAGAUGUUUUUUAUUUAUUGGACUGGAUUUUUUAUCCUGUUGUGCAGAUAUUUCUUGUCUGACUUCUGAGUUCAGGCAGAACAUGCUUCAGCUGCAGCUUCUUUCUCCUUUCCUUUCCCAGAAUGUGCUGUGCAUGUGUGGUGUGCUCCACAGCUCAGAGGUUGGUGGAUUCCUGUGGGUUCACAUUUACAAUCUGUCUUUCCCACAUGGAGUUAACUGGUCAGUCUGUCCUUCAUUCUCUUUAUCUCCUGUAGCCUCCCAGUGACCUUAUCUGGUGUGUGUGUAAAAUCUUUGGAUUUGUCCUGAUCAGUGGUUUGAAGAAAUGUGCAGAGACCUUGAUUUUUUUAUAUACUUUGGGAGUCUAUAAAAUGGAUUUGUGGAAUGACAAUCAAAUCUCCCAACCCCUGCUGUCUUUUGUUUUUGCCAACUGCAAUGCUGAGAACCAGAUUUUCUGGAGUCUGUGGUUUUCUGUAUCUUUAAGAGGUUUUUUAAAGAUUUCUUCCUUUUGAAAUGUUUGUCCUGUGCAGUGGCAAAAGGGUUAUUGUUUUAUUUGGAAGGGCUGGAAAUUUACAUAAGGAGAGGAAAAAAAAAAAAACGUACGCAAACUCAACAAACUCAAAUUCUGUGCUGGGAAUACCUGCUGUGUUCCUGUUAUAAACUCAGCUGUGAGCAGUUACAAGAUCCCAUCUGUGGGAUGAGUUUCUUCUCCUUUACCCCUUCUUCUCCCUCUCCACAGUUCAAUAUGGUUUAGGUUUUUAGUUUCCCUUCCUAAUCAGUCUGUGGCAGAUAAAAAAGAAAAUGUGUGGAGGAGAGAGAAAAGGUUGCUAGAAAUAAUUUCUUUGGAAGUUACAUAACUUCCCCUCAAUGUAUUUAGGAUGUGUCUCUGCCUUUCAGGCAUAACCCACCAUCUUCUUUUAAAGCAGCAGUCAAGGAGAUUUUGCACUGAGGUGUUGGAUUGUGAAGUGUGGCAGCAUGGACACGUCUCCUUGUGUUUCCCCUUCCAUGGGCAGUGCUUUCAGCCAGAGAGGACAGAUGUGUCUGGGAAUGGCAUCAUCCUCAUCCCCAAGCACUGCAGCAAAGCCCGCACAUGGCUGGGUGUGCAGUGAGGGCUUGGUGUGCAGCAUCUCCCAAGGAAACCUGGUAAUCUUAAAAUACCAGCACAAUCUCAGGUUAAAGAAUUCUGAGUGUGUGUGACACAGCCACAGCUGUGAUUCCAGCAGCUGGGAUGGAGACUGAAGAAACAGCCUGAGUAAUAUUUCUGUUUGAGUCAGGGGCUUCAGCAAGAUUUCUUCACCAACCUUUUAUCACUUUAAUUUCCCUGCUGUAUCCUUGUCCAGCAAAACUAGUUAGGGCAAAAUGUGGCUAAAUUAGCUUUGAAAGCAGAGGGUUUUUUUUAAACUGAAAGUAAUUAUGAAAUCAUAUUUUAACUGUCUGCUCCCCAGGAUUUUAAGGUGUGAUAUGUUGACACCUCAUACCAAGUAUUUUUUUAUUUCCCUGCUUUUAAGUGGCUAUGCUUACUUGGUGGUUUUUGUAGACAUCUGACCUGAUAUUAAAGAAAUCUGAUCAAAAUUUAAGUUCUGAGUAAACUAAUGACUAUAAAAUAGACUUAUUUCCUAUUUAAAUGGUUUGGUUGGUAUAGCUUAUAUCCUGUUUAUUUGUGAAUAAGAUUGGACUCUUUGUGUCUCAAGGAAUUAUUUUUGCCUGAGACUCUCUAAACCAUUCAGACCCUUUCAUUUAAUGCUUUGAAAUAUUGAUUAAAUAUACUCACUCUGGUUGGCUUUAAUCUGAUUACACAUCUAGAAGUUUUCUUCUGAUGUGGUGCAGCCAUGUCUGGCGUAAUCUGGCUUAAUUAGCACUGCUUAGCGAGUUGGGACCCCUGUCAAAGGCUGAUGUGUUAUCUGGAAACAGAAGGAGUUAAAGCUGGAGCUGUGACCUCAUCCCUGGUGAUGUUACACUGGAGUAGGAGCCGCUGAAAGGGAUCCUUUGCCUGCAUCGCCGGCCGUGCUGCCGCUCCAUUGCUUUACUUCGGUUCCGAUACCGGUCCCGCACCCGCCGAGCAGCUCCUACAGGAGGGGUUUGUGGGGAUGCUACAGGCAAAGGAAGCUGUGCUAAUAUCGAAUGGACUCAGAUAGACCUUUCUACCUGAUUGCAACUUCUCACUGCUUCGCCUGUGGGAGCGGCGCGGAGGAGAGCUCGCACACACCCACACGCACACAGAAGCGCUCCCGCCCUGCCGGGCAGCCGCGGUGCCAUUGAUUCCGUGCCAUCCCCGGCGGCGGCUGCGGGGGAGCUGCGGGCGCGCCGCGGUGGCUGUGCCGUGGCUACAAUAGGUGUCACUGUGUGCGAGCCCAAUCGCGCUCCGUGCCUGCAGCCAUUGGCUCCGCUCCGCUCCCAGCCCUGCCCGCACAACUCGGGCUCGCCGGCAGCCUGGCACUGCCACCGUGCGCUGCUCCUGCCCUCUGCCCCGGCUGUAGCGCUGCCGGGCGCUUCCUGAGCGGGAAAGCUGGAAGGAAUGAUGGGGAUGCGUUUAACGGUUCAAGUACUGGAUCAAACUUAAACUCAGUUUCUUACUCUGGGUGCUGGAAAGGUCACCUUGUCUUGCUGACUCUCAGCUCUGCUGCUUUCGGUGUUCCAGCUUCUACAUAGAUUCCUAAAUGUUCCUGGCUAGUUAGGCUGUGGUCUUUACUCACGGGUAUACUGAUGGUAGAUGAGAAAGGAAAGAACAUGAAAUGUCUCACCUUCUUCUUGAUGCUUCCAGAGACGGUCAAGAACAGGUCUAAGAAGAGCUCUAAGAAAGGAAAUAGCAGCAGCAGUAGCAACAGCAAAUUGCCUCCAGUUUGCUAUGAAAUCAUUACCUUGAAGACCAAAAAGAAGAAGAAGAUGGCUGCUGAUAUUUUUCCCCGAAAGAAACCAGCUAAUACUAAUACAACUGCUGUCCAGCAGUACCAUCAGCAAAAUCUCAAUAACAACAACACUAUUCCUGCACCUAAUUGGCAAGGACUUUAUCCAACCAUCAGAGAGAGAAAUGCAGUGAUGUUCAACAAUGACUUGAUGGCAGAUGUUCAUUUUGUGGUCGGGCCACCAGGUGGGACCCAGCGGCUGCCAGGACACAAAUAUGUCCUGGCUGUUGGGAGCUCAGUAUUCCAUGCAAUGUUUUACGGAGAGCUCGCUGAGGACAAAGAUGAAAUCCGUAUACCAGAUGUUGAGCCUGCUGCUUUCCUUGCAAUGCUGAAGUACAUCUAUUGUGACGAGAUCGACUUGGCAGCAGACACUGUCCUGGCCACUCUUUAUGCUGCCAAGAAGUACAUUGUCCCUCACCUGGCCCGUGCCUGCGUUAACUUUCUCGAGACAAGCCUGAGUGCAAAGAAUGCCUGUGUGCUGCUCUCCCAGAGCUGCUUAUUCGAGGAACCUGACCUGACCCAGCGCUGCUGGGAAGUGAUUGAUGCCCAAGCUGAGCUCGCUUUGAAGUCUGAGGGCUUCUGUGACAUUGAUUUCCAGACACUUGAAAGCAUUCUCCGAAGGGAGACUCUGAAUGCCAAAGAAAUCGUCGUUUUCGAGGCGGCUCUGAGCUGGGCUGAGGUGGAGUGCCAGCGGCAGGAGCUGACGGCCACCAUCGAGAACAAGCGCAAGGUGCUGGGCAAGGCUCUCUACCUGAUCCGCAUCCCCACCAUGGCCCUGGACGACUUCGCCAACGGCGCCGCCCAGUCGGGGAUCCUGACUCUGAACGAAACCAACGACAUCUUCCUGUGGUACACGGCCGCCAAGAAGCCGGAGCUGCAGUUUGUCAGCAAGCCCCGCAAGGGCCUCGUCCCUCAGCGCUGCCACCGCUUCCAGUCCUGCGCUUACCGCAGCAACCAGUGGCGCUACCGGGGCCGCUGCGACAGCAUCCAGUUCGCUGUCGACAAGAGAGUGUUCAUUGCUGGCUUCGGGCUCUAUGGCUCCAGCUGUGGCUCGGCAGAGUACAGUGCUAAGAUUGAACUGAAGCGACAAGGGGUUAUCCUGGGCCAGAACUUGAGUAAAUACUUCUCGGAUGGUUCUAGUAACACUUUUCCCGUGUGGUUUGAGUACCCGGUGCAGAUUGAGCCUGACACCUUUUACACAGCGAGCGUGAUUCUGGAUGGUAAUGAACUCAGCUACUUUGGACAAGAAGGAAUGACAGAAGUUCAGUGUGGGAAGGUGACUGUUCAGUUCCAGUGCUCCUCGGACAGUACGAAUGGCACAGGGGUACAGGGAGGACAAAUUCCUGAACUCAUAUUUUAUGCUUGAAUGGGAGUGUGUGGAUACAAAGCGUUUUGCUGUGAAGAACCUGUCUGGUUCAGGCCUACUGAUUCUUAGCUUUUUAUCUGCAGAUAUGUGAUCAGUACAGGGAAUAUGUAACUAAAUGCUGUGGGCAAGUUCCUGGCUUGCUGUACUUGUAGCAUCAUUGAUGAUUGAGUGUAAUAUUUAAACUGGAAGCUCAUAGAAACAAGCAAGUUUUAAAGGCUUUGUAAGGGGGGUGCCUGUUUGCUGGUGAUGCUGACCCUUUCUUUGCUGAUGCUGACACCAGUGAAUCACCAGAGGAUGUCCCCCUCUUGUAUCUCAACACUGUCUUCAUUGAUCCAUUUUUUUCUUUCUCCAUUUUCUGCUUUCUGCUUGUAUUGGGGAGAUAGGGAUAGAAAACAAAGAGUCUUGUUUUAUAGCUCUCUCUGCUGUCUGCUCUGCAGACUUUAGACAUUGCUGCUUUUGACCAUGGGGGCUGGAAGAAGUCCUUCAGUUGUAAGCAGAAAAAGCACAAGUUUAAACCUUCAUCCUGUGAGGUUCUCCUGUAGCCAACUGUUUGGGAUGGCUCCAGGGGCAGAUGGGAAGAAGGCAGCACCUUUCAGGAAGCUCCACCAGCCAUAUCCCCAGUGCAUGGAUAUGUUCACAGUGAGGAAGGGAUGUGGGCUUGGCAAGUUACCCUUGGAGUUCAUUUUCUAGGAAUCCCACCUUGAAGGCAAGGAAGUACUUGCAUGUGUUCAAAUUGUGUGUGCAGCUCUUGAAACUCUACUCCCAUCACCCAGGUUUUGCUACAUUGGAGUUGAUAUGCUCUUUAAAUGGCAUUUCUUUGAACCCUUCCUAAAUAAAUGGGAAUUUAUGUCAAUCAUCUGAUGCAGGAUAAUUUUUUGGUUUUUUUGAAUGGGUUUUUUUCUUCUUCCUAAACAUGGUAGAGGUAGAUUUUAGAGGAACAAAAGAAUGUAUCAAUCUUGACUUGGAUUUUUUUCUGUAAUAUGAGAAUUUUUUUUUCUUUUUGUUACCAGUUGAAAUUUAGACAAAGACAGGAGAGUCCCAACUGUGGUCAUGUUACACUUAGUGUAUAAUAGCAGUGAGGGGGAGGAAGUCUCCCCUAAUGGGUUAUUGUUGGAGCUCUUGCAAUUGCUUAUGGCUGCACAUCAGUCAGAGGAUUAUGUGGUCUGGAACCUUUUCCCUGGCUGAGUUUUUCCCCCCAGGAAGUUACAUGUCCAUAUCAUUUUUGGUGAUGUAACAGGAAGUUACAUGUCUAUCAUUUUUGCAGAAGUAUGAGGGAUACUCCUUGGAUCAGGGGAGGAAACCAGUAUAAAUAAGAACUACAGG